UGUCCCCCCUGCGUCAUGUGCAAGAGGCCAGGCAGCUCGCCUUACAGGGCCCGGUCCACCUCUAUAUAUAGCCUCGCUUGGACAGCUGCGUAGACUGAGCGCUACACAGCAGGAAGGCAGGGAGUGCGGCGAGGAGGCCACUCACCAUGGCGCUGGGCUUGGAGCAGGCGGAGGAGCAGCGGCUGUACCAGCAGACGCUCCUGCAGGACGGGCUCAAGGACAUGCUGGACCACGGCAAGUUCCUCGACUGCGUGGUGCGGGUGGGUGAGCGGGAGUUCCCGUGUCACCGCCUAGUGCUGGCCGCCUGCAGCCCCUACUUCCGGGCGCGCUUCCUGGCCGAGCCGGAGCGCGCAGGCGAGCUGCGCCUGGAGGAGGUGUCCCCGGACGUGGUGGCCCAGGUGCUGCACUACCUGUACACGUCGGAGAUCGCUCUGGACGAGGCGAGUGUGCAGGAUCUGUUCGCCGCGGCGCACCGUUUCCAGAUCCCGUCCAUCUUCACCAUCUGCGUGUCCUUCCUGCAGAAGCGCCUGUGCCUCGCCAACUGCCUGGCCGUCUUCCGCCUCGGCCUCCUGCUCGACUGCGCACGCCUCGCCGUGGCCGCCCGCGACUUCAUCUGCGCGCGCUUCUCGCUGGUGGCGCGCGACGCCGACUUCCUCGGGCUCUCGGCCGACGAGCUCAUCGCCAUAAUCUCCAGCGACGGCCUCAACGUGGAGAAGGAGGAGGCCGUGUUUGAGGCGGUGAUGCGAUGGGCGAGCAGCGGGGACGCCGAGGCGCAGGGGGAGCGCCAGCGCGCGCUGCCCACCGUCUUUGAGAGCGUGCGCUGCCGCCUGCUGCCGCGCGCCUUCCUGGAGAGCCGCGUGGAGCGCCACCCUCUCGUGCGUGCCCAGCCUGAGCUGCUGCGGAAGGUGCAGAUGGUGAAGGAUGCACACGAGGGCCGCCUCACCGUGCUGCGCAAGAAGAAAAAAGAGAAGGGGAAGGAGGCAGCGGGGGCCAAGGCCUCUGACAAGGGCACAGCCGAAGCCAAGGCAGAGGAGGAGGAGGAGGCUGAGCGAAUCCUACCCGGAAUUCUCAAUGACACCCUGCGCUUUGGCAUGUUCCUGCAGGACCUCAUCUUCAUGAUCAGUGAGGAGGGCGCAGUGGCCUAUGACCCGGCCGCCAACGAGUGCUACUGUGCCUCACUCUCCACCCAGAUCCCCAAGAAUCACGUCAGCCUGGUAACCAAGGAGAACCAGGUCUUCGUGGCUGGGGGACUCUUUUACAACGAGGACAACAAAGAGGACCCCAUGAGCGCUUACUUCUUGCAGUUUGACCACCUGGACUCAGAGUGGCUGGGGAUGCCGCCGCUGCCCUCGCCGCGCUGCCUCUUCGGCCUGGGAGAGGCUCUCAACUCCAUCUACGUGGUCGGCGGCCGGGAGCUCAAGGACGGCGAGCGCAGCCUGGACUCCGUCAUGUGCUACGACCGGCAGUCCUUCAAAUGGGGCGAAUCAGACCCGCUGCCUUACGCCGUGUACGGCCACGCAGUGCUCUCCCACAUGGACCUUGUCUACGUCAUUGGCGGCAAAGGCAGCGACAGGAAGUGCCUGAACAAGAUGUGCGUGUAUGACCCCAAGAAGUUCGAGUGGAAGGAGCUGGCCCCCAUGCAGACCGCCCGCUCACUCUUUGGGGCCACCAUCCAUGAUGGCCGCAUUGUUGUGGCCGCGGGGGUCACAGACACAGGGCUGACCAGUUCAGCUGAGGUGUACAGCAUCGCGGACAACAAGUGGACGCCCUUUGAGGCCUUCCCACAGGAGCGCAGCUCACUCGGCCUGGUCAGCCUGGCAGGGACCCUCUAUGCCAUUGGCGGCUUUGCCACGCUGGAGACUGAGUCCGGGGAGCUGGUUCCCACAGAGCUCAACGACAUCUGGAGGUACAAUGAGGAUGAGAAGAAGUGGGAGGGCGUCCUGCGGGAGAUUGCCUACGCCGCAGGCGCCACCUUCCUACCUGUGCGGCUCAAUGUGCUGCGCCUGACCAAGCUGUGACCCGCCCAGAGGGCCUGGCUGCGCUUCCCCGCCCCACGCUGCGGCCCACCCAGGCCUGGCCUCCUGGGGGAGGAUCGGGGAGGAGUCUGGGAGACGCAGGGCCCACCUGGAUCCCAUCCCAUCACGGUGCCUGAGGGGCUGCUUCAGCCGCCCAGUGCUAGCCUUUCAGGCAGGGAUGAGAAACUUCCAGCCUCUCUGGUAUAUCCUUUUCCCCCUGGUGUUCUUGGUCCAUGAAGCACAACCUCAUGGGUAUAUCCCAGGUACCCAGCCCGGCCUGGCUGUGCGUGCUGGUCACUUUCCCACAGGACUCAGUCUCCCCGGCUGUCAGAUGGGGAGUGUUCCCAUCAAGUGUACCUUGCAGCCUGGGUAAGUCUCCUCCUGUAAGAAGAAUAAAGUGCCUUCCGAGCAGAGUGCUCAGGUCUGGAA